AUGGAUUCAAUCCCGUGUCAACGGGGUUCUGCGAUGGAAGAGAUAUCGUCACUCCAGCCAGCGCCUUCCAAGGAUUUUCUCCUUAAUGAGACAAAUCUCUUCUGCUAUAAAAGAAGGAUUUGCGAUAAACGUGUGAAUAAGGAGACUGAAAUUGGUGGAAGGCACUCUAAGGUGUCAACUAGACCUAAUGAUUCCGAACUGCUAUCUUCUUUUUCUCCUUUAGAUCAAGAAUUAAUCGAUUCACAAUAA